ACCACACCACUGAAGGUCCAUGCUCGCAUUUCUGCUCCUAUAUCAUGGCCACGCCACUCUUUCGAUCGCCAAUUAAUGGCAGAUAUGCUUAUUUGUUUUUCUCUCUUAAACGCGGCCAGAUGUCUGGACCGGGCUGUCGAGAUUUGGAUCAGGAAAGACGCGAUGCAGUGCUGUGUUCUCUGUUGACGCUCGACUCAUUGUUACGUUCAAAGCCACUCAACCAAGUUCCAUGGGCGGAGAUACUGCAAUGCAUAUCGGUUUUGCUGGCCUACAGCUCUGCACAGCUGCAAGCUGUCAUAAACAUAUUGGCUCCCCCAGAGCACCGGUAUGGGUCUCCUGACAUAAUAGAGGACGAUUUGCCGUAUUCGAGAGGAAAGAACUCGCCCUAUGCUCCAAGUUCCAUGCCUUAUCGACCGGAUGAGGUUGAGCCAUACACAGAGAACCGGGCGGAGAACGUCAGCGCGGGAAUCAGUGCCUUCAAAAACGGACACGGACUAUGGAUGCUCGCCUUGGCUGCUGAAGUGAUUGAAAAGGAAGACAUGGCAUUAUCGAGGACCUACCAAGAAUGUUCUCUAUCGGAGUAUGUCAGCAUGCCAAUCUCGAAGCCUUCAGGGCCAUAGGAAGACUCGGCUGGGUUCGAUUGGGAAGCCACGCAUGUCUGCUUUCACCCCGGCCCUUGACAACUCGGAAAAAAGUGCAUUGUAUCAGAACUGACGCAUAGACCCUGGCGGAGGGCGGAAUCCUUUUCCCAACGGAAGGCCUUUCAAAGU